GGGAAGCGGCAGUACGGCUGACGGCCGCUGCUAACACCUCACAUCCUUUACUUCAAACUGUUUAACGUCGCUUCACCGCCGUUUCCUCUCUCUCUCUCUCUCUCUUUCUCCACGUACAAAUCCAUAAUCACACUAUUUUCUCUCUCUUCAUAACGCAACGUUGCAAAUAGUGUAGCUUUUUGUGUGUUACAGUACACUGCGUCUGUGCGGGCAGUGCUGUUGCCAAACAUUUAACGCUCUCUCUCUCUCUUCCCUAAUUGCUUCUGCUGCUCUGCCUUCCAGAUCACGCCAAACGCCUGCUUCUUUUGUUGCUCUCUCUCUCCUAACACAUAUUCCUACAUUCACUGCCACCAAGUAUCACGAUUCAGCUAUGAGGAGAGAGAGAUGAAGGAUAAGAUGCGACUGACCAACUGAGAGAAAAUCUCGCUCCGAUACUCGUUUUUUUGAUUGUAUUUUCGUACUUUCUCUUUCUCUUCCUCUCUUCUCUCUCUCUGCUUGUGCGUUUGAAGAAUGGUAGAUGAACAGGACUUCUCUAUGCAGAAGAGUAAGACGAACUUGAAAGCGAGUUUCCUCCAUUUUGUGCUCGCCUUCUUCAUUCUACUUCCUCUCGCCUCAUCUCUCAGCGAUGAAGGCAAAGCGUUAAUGUCGAUUAAAGCUUCGUUCAGCAACGUGGCAAAUGUGCUGCUGGACUGGGAUGAAGUGCACAAUGAUGAUUUCUGUUCAUGGAGAGGUGUAUCUUGUGGAAAUCUCACCAUGUCUGUUGUUGCUCUGAAUCUCUCAAAUCUCAACUUGGGUGGAGAAAUCUCACCUGCCAUUGGAGAUUUGAGGAACCUUGAGUCUGUAGACCUUCAAGGAAACAAAUUAACGGGUCAAAUCCCAGACGAGAUUGGAAACUGUGUCUCACUUGAACUUCUUGAUGUUUCUGAGAACCUUCUUGAAGGUGACAUUCCCUUCUCGAUCUCUAAGCUUAAGCAGCUUGAGCUAUUGAACUUGAAGAACAAUCAGCUUACUGGUCCAAUUCCUUCGACAUUAACGCAAAUUCCUAAUCUGAAAACUCUGGAUCUUGCUCAAAACCAGCUUACAGGAGAGAUACCAAGGUUGAUUUACUGGAAUGAAGUGCUACAAUAUCUUGGUUUGCGAGGAAACAUGCUGACGGGAAUACUGUCCCCCGAUAUCUGCCAACUGACCGGCCUUUGGUAUUUUGAUGUUAGGGGCAAUAACCUCACAGGGCCUAUACCCGACAACAUUGGUAACUGUACAAGCUUUGAGAUUCUGGAUAUUUCCUACAAUCAGAUCACUGGAGAGAUUCCAUACAAUAUUGGGUUUCUACAAGUGGCUACACUGUCUUUACAGGGAAACAUGUUGACUGGAAAGAUUCCUGAGGUGAUAGGCCUGAUGCAGGCCCUUGCUGUUCUGGAUUUAAGUGAAAAUGAAUUAGUUGGACCAAUUCCACGGAUUCUUGGCAACCUCUCUUACACAGGAAAACUGUAUCUCCAUGGCAACAAACUUACUGGUCCCAUACCUCCUGAGCUGGGAAAUAUGACAAAGCUUAGCUAUUUGCAAUUGAAUGAUAACCUGCUGACUGGUGGUAUUCCUGCCGAGCUUGGGAAAUUGGAGCAACUUUUUGAACUGAAUCUGGCUAACAACAAACUUGAAGGUCCCAUUCCUGAAAAUAUAAGCUCUUGCACAGCAUUGAAUCAGUUCAAUGUGCAUGGUAACCAAUUAAAUGGAUCCAUUCCCUCUGGCUUGAAGCAUCUAGAGAGCCUCACAUAUCUGAAUCUGUCUUCCAACGAAUUCAGGGGCAGCAUCCCAGUUGAGCUGGGGCACAUAAUCAAUCUUGAUACACUGGAUCUUUCAAGCAACAAUUUCUCAGGAACUAUUCCUGCCUCUGUUGGUGACCUGGAGCAUCUCCUUACUCUGAAUUUGAGUUACAAUCGUAUCAUUGGACCCAUUCCUGCCGAAUUUGGUAAUCUGAGGAGCAUUCAGACCAUGGAUAUUUCAUUCAACAAGUUGUCGGGCAGCAUCCCCGGAGAGUUGGGCCAACUGCAAAACUUAGCCUCUCUAAUAUUGAAUAACAAUGAUCUCAGUGGAAAAAUCCCGGAACAACUAAGUAAUUGCUUGAGCCUUGAUAAGCUGAAUGUUUCUUACAACAACAUUAGUGGGAUUGUUCCUGUAGGCAGAAACUUCUCUCGUUUUUCACCUGACAGCUUCAUUGGGAAUCCCUUACUCUGCGGUCACUGGUUGGGCUCAAUAUGUGAUCCUUACCCUCCUAAAGCUAAAGCUUUGUUUUCAAGAACCACAGUUGUAUGUAUUGCAUUGGGUCUCAUCACAUUGCUAUCAAUGGUAUUAGUUGCUAUUUACAAAUCCAACCAACCGAAGCAGUUCAUAAAGGGCUCCAAGAACACACUGCAAGGUUCAUCGAAACUUGUUGUCCUUCAUAUGGAUAUGGCAAUACACACGUACGAGGAUAUAAUGAGGCUCACAGAAAAUUUGAGUGAGAAAUACAUAAUAGGAUAUGGAGCUUCCAGCAUAGUAUACAAAUGUGCGUUGAAGAAUUCCCGACCAAUUGCAAUUAAGCGACUCUACACGCAGUUUCCUCACGAUUCUCGUGAGUUUGAGACCGAAUUAGAGACAGUUGGAAGCAUAAGGCACAGGAACCUUGUCACCUUGCAUGGUUACUCCCUCUCUCCCCAAGGAAACCUUCUCUUCUAUGAUUACAUGGAUAAUGGCUCUCUUUGGGAUCUCCUUCACGGUCAUUCCAAGGUAAAACUAGACUGGGAAACACGUCUGCGAAUUGCUGUUGGAGCUGCACAUGGACUUGCUUACCUCCACCACGACUGCAACCCGAAGAUCAUCCACAGGGACGUCAAGUCUUCCAACAUCCUACUCGAUGAGAACUUUGAAGCUCAUCUUUCUGAUUUUGGGAUUGCAAAAUGUCUGCCUGCGGCUAAAACUCAUGCAUCAACUUAUGUUCUUGGCACAAUAGGCUACAUUGACCCUGAGUAUGCUAGGACGUCUAGGCUGACUGAGAAGUCGGAUGUCUAUAGCUUUGGCAUUGUGCUUUUGGAGCUGCUCACAGGAAAGAAGGCUGUGGACAAUGACUCAAAUUUGCAUCAGCUGGUGCUGUCCAAAGCAGACGACAACACUUUGAUGGAGGCCGUGGACCCUGAGGUGUCCAUCACGUGCAUGGACUUAACCCAUGUGAGAAAAGCCUUUCAGCUGGCGCUGCUCUGCACGAAGCGCCACCCAUCUGAGAGGCCAACAAUGCACGAGGUGUCUAGAGUCCUAGUGUCGCUGCUGCCACCACCUCCUGCCAAGAAACCUUGCUCCACGCCUCCUAAAAGCAUUGACUACACCAAGUUCGUGAUUGGCAAGGGGCAGCAACAGGAGCAGCCUCAUCCGCAAACGCCUCAGCAGCAGCAGCACGAUACCAACUCCUCGGAUGCUCAAUGGUUUGUUAGGUUCGGAGAAGUGAUAUCGAACAACACUUUGUAAAAAAGUUGGUUUCUGGCUCGUGCUUUGUGAUAUGAUUGAAUGCGAUGAAGAUGGAGUUGAAGAAGGCAUUCCCAAUUUUGUUCCCUCAGUUUGAUGGAUUGGAGGGGAAAGAAAGGCUGUUAUUGCUUUUCCUGCAUCUUUUAGCAAUAGCAGAUCAAAUGUCAUGCAACUUGUUGCAAAAAAAAAAAAAAAAAAAAAAAGAAAAUUUGUAAUUCAUUUUAUUUUGGUGUUUUAUUAGGCUUUUUAUGAUAUCAAAGCUUGGUAGUGUUAGCAGUUUGUCCAUAUUUGUACUGCUGCCCCUAAUUAAUGCAACUCACAUGGAUUCUGCCGCA